AUGGCUGCCGCAUGGAUUGUCCUUGUCCUGGCAGGCAACGUCUUGGAUUUGGGCGAGGCGAACUCAGCGUACCCAGCAUUUCCUUUGAGGACGAAAGGACGUUUCAUUGUAGAUGCAAAUGGAAGUCGUGUUCGACUGAAGUGCGUGAAUUGGUAUGGAGCGCAUUUGCCACAGAUGGUAGCAAAUGGCUUGGACCGAGUGGGACCAGGACAGAUAGCGAAAACCAUCUCCGAGUCGGGUUUCAAUUGUGUUAGGCUGCCCUUCAGCCUAGAUGGUGUGAUUGGCAAUUUCUCUCGGGUCCCUGACCCAAAGGUUUCUUUGGCCGCUUGCCCAGAAUUGCAGGACCGCUCUCCUCUGGAGGUCUUCGAUGCAACGGUGGACCAGCUCACCCAGCAUGGAUUGAUGGUCAUUCUCAACAAUCAUGUCUCCACCAGCAUGUGGUGUUGCGACACCUCGGAUGGAGAAGGUUUGUGGUAUACCAAGAAAUACCCGGAGGCCUCCUGGCUGAACGCUUUGAGUCUGAUGGCUGACCGCUACAAAGAGAAUCCACUAGUGAUGGGGUUUGAUCUUCGCAAUGAACUUCGCCCAGCAGGCAAUGUUUGGCCACAAUGGGGUGGCAACGAGAGCGCUACAGACUGGCCCAGGGCUGCAACCAAAGCUGCAACCACAAUCUUGGAGAAGAACGAGAAUAUGCUCAUUAUCAUUUCGGGCCUGUACUUUGGCAUUUUCCUAUGCCAGGUUCCUACCUAUCCCGUGCACUCCGAGGUACCAUUCUUGAAAGGUCGUGUCGUGUACACAGCGCAUGAGUACAACUGGUUCAAUUUCCAUUUGGUCGCCCGCGCGGGUAUUGAGUUGUACGUUGGACUGAUUGUAGCAGCCUUCCCGGCGUGCUGGUUGCUAUUGUGUCUGAUCCGCUACCUUGGUCGGAGAGGUGUCCUUCAACGAUGCUCCGGCUGCCCUUGUAGAAGGUCCUCCAACGCUGCAGCCGAGGGAUCCGGAGACUGGUGUAGCGAAUCUUGCCGGAGUUGUACUACUGAAGGCUCCAAUCCAUGCGUCGAGUUUUCAGUCGCCGCUUUGCUUGCAACACUUUGCGCAGUUGGUCUGAAGAUUAUUCCUGGAUUCAUACAGCGAUGUGACAUUACGGGUGUCUACAUUGGAGUGUUUUGUGCUGCAUUCACGCCUGUGUGUGCUGCGGUUAGCAUUUUUCUUUGGACAAGGGCUGCAUUCCUUGCGCUCGCACACCGGGAAGAGACCAGAGCCUCUGCUGUGCUUGAGCUUAUCAGUCUCCCACAAGCGCGGGAAGCGGGUGAUGGCAAUGGCAUUGGCACUGGAUCUCAGCAAUUAGAUGGCUGUGCUUUGCCACAGCAUGCCCAGAGGUGCCGCACGAAGCGCUGCGUCUUGGCGAUGAUUUUGGUCCUCAUGGCUUGCACAUUGCUAGCUGUCUGGAUUGAGUUCGGCAAAUACGAGGCCUUUGCCAAAGAACUGGAUUUCAGAUGGGGAUUCUUGCAGUCACCGUCCGGGGAGGCUGUGCCAGUUUGGUUGGGAGAGUUCGGCACCGACGUUCAGAAUCUCUGGUGGAAGCAUGUUUUGAGGUAUAUAGCCGACAAUGAGGUGGAUUUCGCUUACUGGAGUAUCAAUGGUGAGAAGUACAAUGGAAUAGGUGAGAGCUUUGGCCUCUUCAAUGCCGAUUUUGCGACAGUUCAGCAGCCAUGGAAAUUGGAGCAAUUACAAGCUGCAAUGAAGGACGCAACGGACCCAGCUGCCAUCAUCACCGAAUGA